AGACGGUAUAUAAAAGGAGAGUGGUAUGCUGUCUAGACUCUGGAGUAGGAAAGAGGGGGAGAGAGAUCUGCGGGCCUAGAGGAUUUUGACAAGGCUUAAGCCAGCGAAGUUAUGUCGAGUUCUGUAACCUCUUCUCUGCUAGGCCUGAGCCUGACAAGCCGAGCUGGAGGAGCAGUCGCAGUUCCGAACGUUUCAAUCCAAAAUUUUGUUAACCGCAAUCAGUUAUUAAAAUUUUCCUCAUCUUCCUCAAACCCCUCUCUUAUAAGAAACCCCCUUCCUCUCUCUCGCCUCAAUCUCAUUGCUCGUCUCUACUCUUCUGCAUCUGCAUCUGUUGUUGCCAACGCCUCAGCAGCUCCUUCGACGAAGAUGGGUGACGUCUCUGAUUCCGCCAUGGAUGCCGUUCAGAGGCGCCUCAUGUUUGAGGAUGAAUGCAUUUUAGUGGAUGAGAAUGAUAACGUUGUAGGACAUGACUCAAAAUAUAAUUGUCAUUUAAUGGAAAAGAUUGAGUCUGAGAAUUUGCUCCAUCGGGCAUUCAGUGUCUUUUUGUUCAACUCCAAGCAUGAAUUGUUGCUUCAGCAACGCUCUGCUACAAAGGUUACAUUUCCCUUAGUUUGGACAAACACCUGUUGUAGCCAUCCUCUGUAUCGCGAGUCGGAGCUGAUCAAGGAAAACCAUCUCGGAGUACGCAAUGCUGCUCAAAGGAAACUAUUUGACGAAUUGGGCAUUGAUGCCUCUGAUGUACCUGUGGAUGACUUCACCCCCCUUGGCCGGAUACUGUACAAAGCUCCAUCAGACGGCAAAUGGGGAGAACAUGAACUUGACUACCUUCUCUUCAUUGUAAGAGAUGUUAAUGUGAAUCCCAACCCUGAAGAAGUUGCUGCUGUGCGUUAUGUUAAUCGUAAGGAGCUGCAAGAGCUUUUGCGGAAAGCAGAUGCGGGUGAGGACGGGCUGAAGCUGUCCCCCUGGUUCCAGCUUGUGGUGGACAACUUUCUAUUCAAAUGGUGGGAUCACGUUGAGAAGGGGACCCUAGAGCAAGCAGUGGACAUGGAGACAAUUCAUAAGCUCUCUUAGAGGUUGAUUAUCUUGUCUUCCUUUGUUAAAUUGACCGGCCGGUGGGCUCAGCAAGUUCUAUUCCUAUUUCCUAAUCUGGCUCUCUGGUUCUGUUACUCAGACUAGUGACUUUGGCUUUGGUUUUUAGUGUUUACUGGAACAGUAGAGUUGGUAAUCAAAUUGGUGUUGGUUUUA